UCACGUGUCGGUGGGAUAAAGACAGUAUGGUGAUCUCCAAACGUUCAUGCAACUUUCCGUUGUUUCUCUGUCUUCUCUUUCUACUCAUCGUCUGGACACUCUAUCACCUAUUUACCAACACUUGCAGACAUUCCAUCAGCAACCUCCCUCCAUCUGACGACAUGAGAUCUCUCAAGUCUUCUCUCCACCAGCAGGAACCCGGAAACGUGGACCUAGAUGAGCUCCGGACAGACGAAAUGAUGUCCAGAGUGCGUCAGCUGUCCGACAAAAUGAAUUUCCUUGAGCAGACGGCCAUGAAAAUGGGAGGAAAGAUGACGGGAAUGCAAGCGACGAACAGUGAAUGCUACUUUAUAAGUUCACUCGAUAAGAAGUCGCCUGAAGAACUACUGCAGCCUGUUGAUGUGUUGUUUCCGGCCUUUACGGAAGGGAAACGGAAGUUAGUCGUUUUGGUGACGACCAUGCGCUCAGGCUCUUCAUUUGUAGGCAAAAUGUUUGCAGAGAGUGAUGAAUUGUUGUACAUGUUCGAGCCAUUUUUCUUACUGGAAAAACUGUAUCCAGACCAGCCGUGGUCAUACUAUGAUGGCAUGAAGCAGGAGCUCCUAAAGAGCAUGCUCACCUGUAGAUUUGAUUCCAGCCAGGUUAGUUAUAGAAGCGUUGAGGCUGUCAGUCGUGGACUCCCUUUUCCUCGAGACUGGUCUUCGACGUUCACUCGGCUUCCUUUCUGUCCGACGAAAUGUCAGCCUGCUAACUGUCCUCCAAUCGACGUGACGAUCAUGAACAAAGGCUGCUUGUCAAGGAAAGUAUUUAUGAUUAAAGCGUUACGAGUAUUCGACUUGAACAUGUUAAAAGCAGUCGUAGAGAGCGUUCGGAAUAUUGACAAUGCGGCUGAGCUUCAUGUUUUACACCUCGUUCGCGAUCCUCGAGGAACGAUUCACUCACGAUUGAAAAUAAAGGGUCUGCUACAGAGAAUGUAUAUGUACACACACCCGAACCAUCAAGGUGAGAUGCCGUCAACAGAAAAGUUGGUCGAAUCUAAUGUGGAAUGGCUUUGUCGAGAGACUCUUGAUCAAAUGGAAGUGGGCGAUCAGCAGCCUGAGUGGUUGAAGGGAAAGUAUCUUCGUGUGCGGUUUGAAGAUGUAGCCAACGAUGCUCAUGGAGAAAUGCGGAAGCUGUAUGCACAUUAUGGAAUAAAACCAACUGAAAAACUGGAUGAGUGGAUCAGACAUUAUACGAAGGGGUCAUCGGUGCAUGGUGGAGUGUAUGGCACGUGGAGAAAGUCGGAGGCUGUUCCUUUCAAGUGGAGGAAUAUGCUGAGGCUCGAACAGGGAAAAUCGUUGCUUAGAAUAAUCGAAGAGAAGUGUAGCAAAAUGAUGAAGGCACUCGGUUACGUACCUGAAAUGUUACCAUUAGUACACGCCUGUGGUGUGAUUAUCAUGUGUGGGUGUGAACAAACGUUCCGAGACUUUCCUGCACGCAGAUGCUCAUUCCUUGCACUGCGUGUGGGUUCGGAUAUGAGACGUCUAUCAACCUUCUUCCUACUCACGACACUCGUCGUCACACUCUCAACAAUUUGGCUGCUAGAGUCAGCUCACGACCAACCACGUCCGUACCAUCAUCACUACAAUUAUGUUGCCACUGCACUCAAUCACGCUCGUUCCUUCACUGAGACAGUAGGAGAAAAAGAUGUGAAGAGAAAUUUGUUGAUCAGAUCUAGAGCGAGAAGAAAUGUGACAAUAUCGUCAUCCAGGCGGAAUCUAGUCAACAACCUAACUGGUGAGAUACUAAAGAGUCUAGAGACGUUAGAGAGACGGGCUGGCGACUUGAUGAGAAAGUUUGAUGAGAUGCGGCGCAUGGAGAGGAAUGAUGUGUCUGUAGGGGUGAAGAUGAGAUGGAGUGAAGGAGAGGAAGGGAGGUAUGGAAAUGAGACAGGGAGGAGACAGGUUGAGUCACAAUCUCUUGAUGUUGAUGAUUGGUUGAUGCGUGAUGAGAAUCCUCAACACGGAAGUAGACCGGUCACCAGCAAUCAGACGGAUGUGUCAGAACGAUGUCGGAAAGUUCCGACGUUUGGUGAUUUUUUUCCUGCUUUGGAUGAGAAGUAUCCUGUCCAAACUGAUAGGAAAUUGAUGGUUAUUGUGACAGCGAUGAGGUCGGGUUCGUCUUUUUUGGGUACGAUGUUGGAUCAGAGUGACGACACGUUUUAUUUCUUUGAACCUUUCUGGUAUAUUAUGCAUCUCUACGAUGGAAAGUCGGACUUGGAUGGCUUGAAAAUUAAACUAUUGAAAAGCAUCUCGACAUGUCGGUUUGAUCAAGGUGUUGCAAAGAGUGUAAUCGAGUUGAUAUCAAAGUCAUUCAAGUUUGCACGAUUGUAUUCGAGGACACUUGUCGAUUAUCCUCUUUGUCCAGAUGUGUGUGCUAGCGAUUGUCCACCGAUUGACGUCGCAUUAUUGAACAGAAUUUGUCUGUCUAAGAGUGUCAUCGUUGUUAAGACCGUAAGGAUAUCAGACAUGAGUAUAUUACAACAUGUACAUGAAAAUGCGAUCAGAAAUGAUCCAGAGUUCACUGGCAGUCAACCAGCUCAGUUACACAUUGUCCAUCUAGUUCGAGAUCCAAGAGGGACGAUGCACUCUCGCUUGAAUAUCAAAGGAGAAGUGGAGAAACGAUACAGACUUCGUAAUUCUCAUCACAAAAGCCGUCGUUUACCAACACUAAACGAGAUUAUUAUGUCUGAUGCAAAUGCAUUGUGUAACGAAACUAUGAGACACAUAAACAUGGCAUCUCAGCCACCACAUUGGCUGCUUGGUCGAUAUUUCAGACUUCGAUUCGAAGAUCUAGCGACACAACCGCGACGUCAGAUGAUGAAGCUCAUGUCAUUGUAUGGCCUCCCAAUGACAAAUCAUUUAGUGAGAUGGAUAAUGUGGAAUACUAAUGCUGCUGGAGGAGGAGGAUAUGAAUAUGGCACGAGAAGAAAGUCGGUAGAUGUGCCACAUAAAUGGAGAGUAAUGUUGAGUAAAGUACAUACCAAGAAUUUUGUGAAGAUUAUUGAGCGGAGCUGCUUGUCUGUUAUCAAGGUGAUGGGUUAUGAUCUGGAGUUUUUGUGAGGAAAUUGAUUGUACAGUUAUAUAUGAUACGUUGUCUAUAUAUAAUUUAUGGAUAAUUUAUUGAAAUAGAGUGG